ACAUAUACUUUGUAUGGAGAUUUAUUAUUGAUGAGUUACGGCAUGCUGUAUAUAUCGAUCUUGCAACAAUAUUCAGAUACAUGUGCAUCGAUUCAAAGUCAUUUUAAAAAUAUCUGUUAAGCUAACAAUAUCAAAAACAAUUCAUACACAAAACUUCAAAAAGUUUAGCUGAGUCAUGGGCAUUGAAAGCUCAUGGUCAUAAAGCACACUUUAGCAUUGAAAGCACAUGAAGAUCUCAUGAUCACUUUAUUUACAAAUAUACAAUGUAUAAACACAGAGACAAUAUGGAUAAUCAGGAUUAUGCCACAGAAAAGACUGCAUUGCUUGGAUCCAGUGGAGGUAAAGAUCAAGCUGAAAGAUCCAACCCUAGAACCAAAUUAACCGUUGCUGCAAUAUUAUUAUGUGAACUUUGUGAAAGACUAACUUAUUACAGCAUAGUGGCGAACAUGGUGCUGUUUGCCACUAAUGUUUUGGGAUAUAGCAGUGUAGAUGCCGUUACAAUCAAUUUAAUAUUCACAGGCACUGUAUAUUUCAUUCCAUUGUUUGGAGGGUAUAUUGCUGAUUCUGUGGCUGGAAGGUUUAACACUAUAUGGGGCAGUGGUCUUAUAUAUAUUGUGGGAACCUUAAUGCUGCCACUUGUAGCAUUUGACUGGCAGGGUACUUUUGGUAGAGAUGACAAUGGAUUAAACUAUGGUCUAGAUCAGUCUGCCAAGAGGGGGUACUAUAUAAUAGGGCUAAUCCUCAUAGCAAUUGGUACUGGAGGCAUCAAGGCCAAUGUUAGCCCAUUUGGUGUGCAGCAGUUGGAAGACAUGGGUCCACAAGCAGUACAGUCUUUCUUUAACUGGUUUUACUGGUUCAUCAAUGUGGGUUCCGCCAUUGCAUACGCUGCCGUUGCCUACAUUCAGCAGAAUAUUGCUUUUGACAUUGGCUAUCUUAUCCCUGCUUUAUCCAUGGUUCUGGCCACCAUCAUAGUCUUGGUGCCACGGAACAAGUAUACACAUACAGCUCCUGAAGGUAGCGCCUUGGCAAGGGUUAUAGAGAUUAUCUGGGCAGCUCUGAAGCGAAAGAAGCACAGUAUAAUGCAGCAUGAUUCAUUCCUUGACUACGCCUUGGAGUCAAAUGGGGGCAGAUACAGCGCCAUAGAAAUAGAAGGUGUUAAGAGCUUAGGAAGAAUGAUUCCUGUUUUCCUAACACUUAUUCUAUACUGGACAAUUUAUAAUCAGAUGCAGACAACAUUCUUACUACAGGGUGAAAGAAUGGAUCUCAGGCUUGGCUCAUUUAUUUUCCCGGCAGCUUCUCUUUCCUUGUUUAACACUAUCAUUAUCAUUAUACUAGUGCCCAUUGUGGAUCGCUUCUUCUAUCCUCUCCUAGAAAGAUGUGGGAGAAAAAUAACAUUGUUACAAAGAAUAGGAAUUGGCCUCCUACUGGCACCAUGCUCAGUAUUUGUGGCAGGAUUCUUGGAAAUUGCACGUAAAGAUGAGCUUGCUAAUUCUGGUGGAAUUGAACAAAAUGUCGGAGGGAAAAUAUAUAAUGCUUCUAAUUUGAACAUCAUGCUGCAGGUGCCCCAGUUUGUUCUAGUUGGCACUAGUGAGGUGUUCGCUGCCAUAUCAGCAUAUGAAUUUGCCUACUCACAGGCUCCAGUGUCACUACAGGGUGUAGUAAUGGGGGUAAACUUGGCCACUACAGGACUGGGCAGCUAUGUUGGCACUUUACUUGUUAAUAUAGUUAAUGCAGCAUCUAAUGGUUCCUGGUAUCCUGAUGAGCUGAACACAGGGAAUAUAGAAAACUUCCUCUUCUUAAUGUCAGGGUUGGGAGUUGUGAACUUCUUAAUAUUUCUUCCUGUUGCAAUGCGCUAUCGUUAUGCUCGAUUCUCUGAGCUGCAAUCAGAAACAAGUGGAUUAGAUCUGAGGAAAUCCAAUGGAACAAUCGACAACACAUCUGAUCUCUACUCCAGUCUUGGACAGGGCAGUAAUGAAAUACGACUUUGAUAAUUCAAUGUCUUACAUCUGUACAUUGCAUCUGUGCCACCUUUGAUUAUUACACUUCAGAAGGAAUUACUUUUUAGCCUGUUGUACAUGCGAGCUGGAUGCAAGGCUAUAUUUUUACGAUGAUAAUGCGUCUCAUUGUCACAUUGUCAUUAUUUGAUUAAACUUUCAUGAGCAAGUUGAGCUACUUUGCAGUGAUUGACUCAUGUGGUAUGUGGAGUCAAAGCUGCUCACAGAUAAGAGUCUUCCACAUCUUUUAGUUAAACAGAAGAAUAUGAAUAUUAUUGUCCCAGAUGUUUGUUUUGUUCCAUGCUCACUCUCUAUUGUAAGAGUGUGCUGUGUGCCCUUUUGGUGUAACUGUCAGUGAAAAACUACGCACAUAUGUACAUGCAAGCUUAGCUUAUCAGUCAGAAAUGAAUACAACAGUCAGAAAUGUACAUAGUAUACAGAUGUAACAUAGUAUAGGAGUAUAUAUUUUAAAAUUUAGGCCUAUACAAUUACAAUUUUAUAUCAUAUUAUUAUAUGCACAUGAUAUCAAUUGGUCUUGCCACGAACAUUUUGAUUAAUGGACUACAAAUAUAUUUCUAGCAGUAAAAAAAUGAUGGGCUGACUAAAUAUACAGAAUAGUAAAAAGACUACAUAAUUUAUUAAUUCCACCCUUUGGUGACCUUCUAAUGCUAUGAGUGAUUCUGCUAUGAGGUUGGGCUGAAAAUGGACAAUUUUGCUUAGUAUAGGCCGAUUUCCUACAAAUAUGUAUUUUAACCUCUUGACCACCCGGAGUG